AUGCCCAAUAGAUUUUUGAAGAUUAGUGACAAAAGUUUUUCAGAACAUGCAAAAUCUACAAAAAGCAAAGAAAUCUUAACAGCAAUAGAAAGAGCAAAAUUGAGAUAUUCUGUAUCAGGAUUAAUUAAUAUUUUAGCCAAUAUAUAG